UUUUUGGAUUUUUUCCUCCCCGAACCUGACCAAACCUUUUUGCUAAUCUUCAUUAAAAAACGGCGGAGCCUUUUGCAGGUUCCCUUGUUGUGUCUGGUUAUUAGUUUUGAAGGAAAAUGCAAGCGUUGUUGAACUCAGAAGAAUUGACGAGAUUCCUCGAGGUCGUCGAAUCCGACGUCCUGCCGAGCCAAGAGCUAAAGAGGUACUUUCAGAAGCAUCCUUUCUCGCCAACUUUGAAUGAAGGUGAGGUACCCCUCGCGGAUGGUGCCUUCACCAAAAAUCUUCUUCAACAAGUCGUUUUCCCCUUGAUCGAGAAAGGAGGCACCAUCGACCAUAACGCCAUGCAGAGGAUCAGGCAAGAUAUUAUUCUGAUCUGGGUCAAUGGCUUGGGUAGCAAGAUCCAAAAGGCUCACUGCCAGUGGAGAGAUUCUUACAUGGAAUGCAUUCGUCAGAUCAUUGACCGUCAUUUUUUCCAUGCCGAUGGAAGACCUAAGCUAAGUCAUCGAAUGACCCGUACAAUCCUCGAGAUAACCAACAUCGACAACCCCUGUCGAUGGCAGUCGUUCGAUACUCUCAAGGGAGUAUUCUUUGACCUUGUGGUUAGUCCAGAGAGAGCCUCUCUACUUUCCAAGGACCAGGAAGAAAUCUCACUAUUGAACGGUCGCAGCGUUCGGGAUUUUUUCACCCACAAGGAGGAGGCCAUGAUUCUCAUGGUCAUACGCAAACACUUUGUCCAGCGUUUGCAGGGAAGCCGUGUUUUGGUUGGAUAUUGGCCCCUUCGCACUCGCGAUGGAGUAACGGAUGAGGAGUCGAUGGAGAUUCCUCCGACAUACCACCACAACGAUGUCUUGGGCGACAACGUCUUGCAUCGCGAGGAUGCGCGCUACUAUCGCACCUUGUCCAAGAUGUUCAAGAAGCAGGAUGAAAUCGCAGGAGAUUCUUUCAUGGCUCGGAAGCAUCAUAGUUUGUCUCUACCGGGCCGCUACACCAAGCGCACUCGCUUGUCAAAGGAUUACCACCAGUGUAGUCAUCACCGCGGUUAACUUACUUGGAGUCAUUGAGACAUGUCAUGGAUUACAGGCCACACCGCAAAGGCAAGAAGAGGCCGAAUGGAAAGAUUGGAGUAUGUAUAUUUGGAGGGGGAGAGAGAGACAAUUGGAGAUUCCGGGAGGGAGAUAUUUCAGAAAGGGGAAGCCAACGUCACAGGAGCACUAGUAGAUUGCAGUGACCGGCCUCAGGUAGGGUGGGGUUCGGUGGGAGCCAGCGCACUUGACACGCGAGGGAACGAUUGCAUGGGCAACGUUUGAAGAUCGAGGGCUACCAAUCGGGAGGAGGAAUUGAGGAAUUCAAAGGCCAACAGCAGUUCGGAGCGACAGGAGUCAGAGAACAUGCUCUGUAGUCUUUUAAAACAGAAAGAUUAGAAACAAAAUUUGACACG